AUGUCAAACUCUAAAGCACAUUCAGAAUUCGUUUCAUAUAUUCAAAAUUAUAAUUCACAUAUAAAAAGUGAUAACAAUAGCUAUAAAAUUGGAAAACAACGUUCACCCAAGAGUAAGUGCACAACUCCCGAACCAAUUAUUGAUUAUGAAAGACAAGUAGAUCGCAAACAAUUCCAACAAUCACACUCCUCAAAGUAUUUGCACCCCGAUCAACCAUUAACUCAUUCAUCAAGGAAUAUGCGUACGAGUCCUGAACCAAGAAUUAAAAAUGAGAUUCGCUGUUGUAAAUGUAGUCAGACUGGACAUUUUACAAGUGAAUGUCCGCAACACAAUAAACAAUCUCAAUCUAAUAAUCAGUUUUCACAACCUCAACAUCCAUUGCAAAAUUUUUCAAUAAGUACACCUCAGGAAUCUCAACAUUAUCAACAAUUUCAACAAUCUCAACAACCAUAUCCCUUAACAUAUUUGCAUGAUCAACUGAUGCAAAAUUAUUCAAAAAAUACACCAAGUACACCAAGAAAUCAUCAGAAUCAAUCUCAUUCACUCAAGAAUAAGCGUACAAAAUCUGAACAAAAUAUUAAUCAAACCUAUCAAAAAUCUCAAUUUAAUCAACAAUUUCAACAAUCCCAACAACCAUUUUUCAAUAAAUCAAAGAAUAAGUGUACAACAUCUGUACCAAGCACUAAAAGUGAUAAUCGAAAUUAUAAAUGGGACUUUAAAAAAGAUCGUCAACAAUUUAAGGACAGAUCCCAUCAGAAACCUCAUCAAUCACAACAAAUUGAACCUAGUCAAACAGUUAUUGUUAAUAUCGUACAAUCUCAGAAAGCUCCUAAGCAGGAGCAAGCUCGAGAAAACCUUUUUUCACGCCUUUUAAAAAAGAAAAGUGAUUUAACCAAGGAGAAGUGA